AUGACCUUCAAGGCCUCGCUACGCCGGCUGAAGGUGCCGUCCAUCCUCCUGCUGGGGCUGGUGUACGGCGCCUACGUGCUCAUCGGCGGCGUCAUUUUCUGGCAACUGGAAGGAGACCUCAACCAGCGGGACAUCAACCGCAUCCUGGCAAACAAGAGGGAGGUCCUGACCACCUACUCCUGUCUGAACCAGAACGGCCUGGAGGCCGUGGCUCAGGAAGAGGCUCGCCUGGACGGGGAGCCCGACUCUCUGGGCUCUCUAUACCGCUCACACUCGUCCCACACAUGUUUCCUGCGGUGUGUCGCUCAAGAGGAUCUGGAGUGGCUGCGCAACAUCAAGCCGUGUUUCUCCUCGCAGGUGGUCCAAGACGCGUCCAAGGUGGGUCUGAGUCUGAGAGGAAACAGAACCACAGACGGCUUCUGGAAGUUCACCAGCUCGGCUGUCUUCGCCGCCACCGUGGUCACAACCAUAGGUUACGGCAACAUCAGUCCCAGCUCCACGGCCGGCCAGAUCUUCUGCGUCUUCUUCGCUCUGUUCGGGAUCCCGCUCAACGUGGUGGUGCUGAACAAGGUGGGGAAGUACAUGCUGGCGCUGGGCAGGACCAUCGCUGAGUUCCUGGAGAAGAGGACGGGCCGACCGAAGUGCACCCGCUUCCUGGUCCACCUGGUGUCCUUCCUGUGCGGCGUGGUGCUCUUCUUCAUCGUGCCCAUGCUGGUCUUCCAGACCUACGAGGGCUGGACCUACUCACAGACCAUCUACUACUGCUUCAUCACCCUCAGCACCAUCGGCUUCGGGGACUUUGUCGCCGACAGCAACCCGGACCGGAGCUACCCGGACUGGUACAGCUUCAUCAUGGCCUCCUGGAUCUUCUUCGGCCUGGCCUGGCUCGCCUUGCUCAUCAACCACGCCAUCGACAUCCUGGAGCGCCUCAACGGCUACUUCAAACAGCGGCUGGGCCGGAGGGAGCCCUCCACCCAGACGGAGACGGAGAGCACGGACGCGCCGCCGCCGUCGCCGUCACAGUGAGCCGCCGCGACCGGGGCCGAGGGAGGACCGUGGCUGAGCCAUGACGCCAGGAACCACCAGGAGAAAGAGCCGCGCCCGAGUCGUAGACAACACAACAUAGAGAGUAGCUCUCCCCCCCUCGCACCCCGAAACAUUCCCGAGUCAGAGUCGGUGGUGAGCUCAGCACUGAAGCCGCUGCCUUCAGGUCCUGCGGUGAGGGUCGAGUAUCGCCCCCCGGUGGAGGCCGGCAGAAAUGCACCUGCUGCCUCCAGUCGCUGCGCACGAGUUCAGGACGAAGAGUCGAUUCAGAAGGCGGUGGAAAGUCGACGAAUCCGCUUCGAUUUGGGACCAAACACGAGCUGCAGACGGAGCUGUUCAGCUUCUUCGCUCUGCGCAGACAAAGUCUGUUCGGAUGGAUGAAAUAAAAAGGCACUUUUCCCCUCGGUUUGGAAUCUGCACUCGUUCCCGGAACAGCUCAAGUGUAGUGACCUGUCUGGCCACUAGGUGGCGGGGCAGCGUCAUGCCUGCGACGCAUCCCACUUGUAUCGAAGUGUCCUUCCUUGUCAGGUGCGACGCUGCGUCACAUCCACUUCACACACACAAAGGUCGAGGAUCGCUUCACUGAAAAUCAGUCAUCUGUCGGUUACUUUCCAAUAAGACUCAUUUCGACGACAUU